AUGCCUAUUUCAGCAGGAAUAUGUCUGAUUGAUGUCUAUAGCAAUGUGCAAGCUAAUUAUCUUAUUUCUACACAGGUGAGUGCAGAUCAAUUCAGGUAUGUUCCAUGGUAAUUAAAAUGCCUUGAUGUUUUGUGAAGUUUAGCUUAUUGCUAAAAACCUUUAGCAAAGUUGGGUGGUAAAUAUCUGCACAAGUCAGUCACUAGUCAGCAACUCACUUGUUAAUCAUUGCCACAUAAAUGAAAAAGGACCUUCUUUAAAACAACACUUUAUGCACCUAGUGGUCCAGAUUAGAACAUUUGACAUGUCUGCAGAUCCACAAUAAUUUUAUUAACGUUUGGUCUGAAUUUACCUUAAAAAUGUCUGUUAUAUUUUCAUACAAAUCAUAUUUGUACAUAAACUUAAAGCUUUGGUAAACGCAUUAUUUCACUCUAAGAAGUACUUACUAAAGUUGUUAAAAAGUAUUGAAAGCUGUGCUUUUAUUUCCAUUUAAUUCACAUAUUUUAAACUUCCAUUCUAUUAGAAAUGGGAAUUUCACGGCAUAUUAAUGUUUUCUCUUUUGUACAGAUGAAUUAAUUAAAAUUUGUAAAAUACUGGACAGUUACAGAGUUCUCAUUAAGUUUUCAUGCUAAGACAUCUUGGGAGUGGUUCUGCGAUAAGCAACUUUCCAAAUGGCCUCUGUGGUCUAUUACACAGGCUUUUAUCUACGACAUGUAGAUUAAUCAGCUAUGUAAAGGCUGCGACACCUAAAUUCUUCCCCUUUUCUGCAAACAAGCUGAGUGAGCACAUCUCGACUAGAGUGAAAGUCUAUCGCUUCUCAGUUUGUUCCCAGUUUAUCAGGCAAUAUUCAACAUUUUGUCUAUUUGUGUAGCAGACAUUUUUGAAAGUACUGGACGCUUAACUUUUUUGCCACCUGAAAGCGUCUUGUGAGUGACAAAGGGGUGAGAUACCUAGGGGAGUCUGCUCCCCCAGAAGUUUCCAAAAAUAGGAUACUGAGAAAUGGAACCCAAGAAUCAGUUUUUCAGGUAAGGCUGGAGUUCACUUAAAUUCUGAGAAAUGAUGGGUUAAACAAUUAUUAUAAAGCAAAUCAGCAUUUAAAUUUAACAUUUAUAGUACCGCAGCAUUUUUCUAAGCCUUGAAAAAUCCACAAUAUCUCUGUGAGGCACAUUUUGCUUGUCUCUCAAUGGGUUAAAGAACUCCACAUUCAAAAGAUCAGUUGAUUGCUUUCAAGAUCUCAUGAGUAAUUUUCUUUUGUCAUGAAAUGCUGUCUGUCAUUUCUUUCUAUUUCAAACUCCAAAAGGUUUAAAAGUCGUAUUUUGAUCGUUGAUAAGGGAAAUAUUAUCUUAACCUUGUAAAUAGUGACAGCAUUAGUAAAGGCCUGCUGGGAGACAUUGUCUUGUUUUGUUUUUAUUUUUUUUCAGUAAGGAGAAACUGCUCACCGUCAAUAGAAUGAAACACUCAUUCAGACUCAUCAUGCCAAUAAAGUUAACCUUACCUUGUUUUCUCUAAGUCUUCGGGGAAAACAAUUUGUUUAUUUUCUUCAUUUCUCCAACAGAUGAGCAGUGUUCGACCAACUCGUGUAGAGUGUUUUUCCUAGUGAUUUCCCUUUAGAACGAGCAGGAAUCAUAAGGAAAGGCUUGUUCCAAUUUCGUUUUAAUGAAAAGGAAAACCAAUCCAACAGCGACGACAGCAAAGAAAGAAAAUGGAAUUUAACUGCUCAUUCUGUAAUCCUCUAGUCAGUAAGUAAACAAAAUAUGAUGAAAAAAUGAAAAAAUCCCUCAAAUAUUUGCAUCAAAGUACCGGACAUUGAAUGUCAAACGACUGGCCGAAAUGUCCAGUCUACAGCCUCAAAUGAAAACCCUCACAAAGUUAUUCGGCUGCACUCCCCUCAGUGUACUGCAUAUAAUUUAACUGUCACCAACCUUCAUUUGUAUUUUAAAGCAGUUUUCGAACCCAUACCUUACUGCUUCUACUGAAAACACAAGGGUUUCUGGAACUCCUACGAAAAAUCUUUACUUACCCAAUGAAGUACAUCUAAAUGAUUUAAUCCACUUGAAACUGUUUCGAAGUAUCCCGUGUUCUGUCAUUAAGGCCAUAGGCCAGGGGGGCCUAUAAUUUCACCAUUUCAAUAUCAAAGUGUGUGUUUUUCAUGCGUUACUAGUCAGUAAUGUUCUGUGGUUUAAGUCAUGCCUCCUAAGAGGAAAUCAGCUAGACAGGGGGGCAGGUCAGCUGCCAAGAUCACCAAGACAGUGGCCCCAUCCUUGAAUGUCUUGACCAAGAUUUCAGUGGCACAAAAAACAACUGAAUCAGUGAACAUUUCAGACUUAACAAGAGUUGUCACAUUGGCAGUGACAGAGGCCCUGAAGGCUGUUGUAGUUGGGAAAACGAUGCCAUUAGCACGCCCCUACCCCCCUACCCCCCUCCCCCCGACGGUUAAUGGAAGUCCCACAUCUGCAGAUGCUUCAGCCACAGUGGAGACCACCACAGUUGCGAGAUCAAACACUUCACAAGUGUACUGAUUAAUUUGGUGAGGCUUUUGAUCGGGUGCACGAGUUAAACAAGAGAGAAGCUCUCCUGCAAAUUUUAUAGAGAAGACCAAUAAGUUCAUAAUUUGCCGAUUUGGCAAAUCCUUCAUCUAUCAAGCUUUACCCCUUGUUUGCGAUACAGUGCGUGGAACUACUGGACAUAUUGUUAUUGUUUCACCCCUGGUAAAUCUUAUGGAAGAUCAAGCUACGAAGCUGGCAAAUAUUGGUAUUCCUGCUGUAACGUUCAGUGAUAUUAGCGAAGAGAAUAUGAGGGUUGUUGAGAGAGGGGCUUUCUCUGUUGUUUAUGGAAGCCCAGAAGCUUGGUUGGAGAUCGAUCGGUGGAGGAAAUGUCAGCGAGUCACUUGUACAAUUAGCAUGUGGUCCUUGGUCCUCAACUUUUCCGAGCAUGAUUAAAUAUUUCGUCGAGAAAUAAAAUACAGUGAAAAAUGAAAGGUCCAAUGAUUUAUAGAUUAUAAGCAUUCCUUCUUCCUUUGAAGGAGCAAAAUUAAUGUUUGUUGACAGGUAGGUUAAUUUGUCAUUCUAGCUUGAAGUUUGGGACUUCGGCAGCACCGUGGUCAUGUUUACUUAGCUUGUGAAUAAAUAACAUGCAAUGGGAAGACGUGCCUUUUUGUAGAACAAGUUUUUAGAUAAACCCUUUUCUACCGUUGGAAGCACAUUGCUGUAGACUCUGUUUUUUUGUUUUACCUACUCUUGAAAAGAUAUAACCAAAUUUCACGUAGUGGUCCUUGGUCCGCGACCCAUGACCUUGGUGGAAUUACCUUUCGCAAAAAAGGAAACGGCCUUUGUUUUCGAAAAAUGCUUUGAAAAUCUUCCCUAUACACGUUUGCAAGUUCUUGUUUCUUAAUACUUCAAAUAUAUACAGAGUAGGUGCCCUUUCAGUUGUAUCACAGCUCGUUAUUGGCUGAUUGUGACAGAAUAACUAACCGCUUAUUGGCUUAUUCAAACAAACAAGAACGUAAAUAUCAGCUGUGUUUAGCAGAUGUCCGUGGGGGAGAAAUGAAUGCGUGACGAACGAACCCCAAAGGACGUCUGCGGGGAGGCUUGUUUUGUAUCUUACAUAACAAGUUUUAUAUAUUUUGUAAAAAGUUAUAUAUUUUGCAACAAGUUUUGAUGUGCGUUAUAACAUUUAUGCCAAAAUUAAGAUGUUUUAUUCAAAGACCAAAAUGUUUUAUAUACUUAAUGUAAAGUUUUAUGUAUGGUAAUAGAAGUAAUUUUGAUACAAACAGCAUUCCAUGUAAACAACUGAUUAUAGAAACACAAGAACAAAGACCACAAAACUAAAUAUGUAGCUGUAUGUUUUCAGAGAAAUACAAUGCAAUGAACAUUUACAAAAUUAUCUUGUUAGAUGUUACAUAAUAAUCACCGAUAAAUUAUAGUUUGGAACUAACAUAUGAUUCUUGUUACUUUGUAUUUGGCGACAGAUCACUACAGAAUUUCACGUAACAGUCAGUAGGGGCAUUUAUGCCCUAACACUGUGCAUAAAAAGGAAAUGUCUAUCUACUGUACAUGUUUCCCCUUACUGGACUUGCAUGUGGUAUUAAAGGUCAAUGGUUUACCAACUGUCAUAACAAAAGGCAAAAACAACCAUGAGUCUUACCAGUGUCUGUUUACACUUCCAUAACCAUCGGCCUUCACUGUAAAGUUGCAUAAUACUUUUAUUGGGAGAUGCUGAGUUUUGUAGAUCCUUCGCUAGGGAACGUGCUCAACACUUAUCCUGAACUGUUGUUGCUACUGUUAGGAAACAUCUUGGACAUGUCAAAACGUUUCUUUAGUCGCCGUGUGGAAUGUGCAAAAAGAAGUUGAAGAUUUUCCACCUUUACUCGCAUCAUUUCAGUCCUUCACUCAUAUAUGCAACCUCCCAUCAUUGGCAAACUUUUGCCAGUAAUGUUAAUGGCAACAAAGAUCUUUUCAAUUAUGUCAGCUCGAGAGGUUGUGGAAACAGAUUUACCUUAUUUCAAAAAGGUGUAAGGCCAAAACUGCGGAAGAAUUGAAAAGCACAGGUGGAGGGAGUAAAGACAAAACAAAUUAAUAUGAUUUACCACAGGAACAGUUAACUCAUCCUAGUGAAGAAUCUGACAAGAAAGUUGAUACAGAAGCUAAAAGGGCUAAAAAACAAUUAAGUGCAGAAAAGAAAAUGGCUCUCGAAGUAAGGAAAAGAGCAAUGGAAACAACAGGCCAGACCUCAACAAGAUUAGAGUCUGGUGAGCCCGUGGACAGGAUAAAGGAAAGAAAAUAA